AUGCAUUUGGAGAAGGUUUUUGAAACCUUACAAAGAGAGAAGCUAUAUGCACAACUCAAGAAGAACAUCCUUUAUACUAACAGUGUUUGCUUUCUUGGUUACAUAGUAACUAGUGCUGGUAUUCAAGCUAACCCAAGCAAGAUCGAGGCAAUCAUAAGUUGGCCAAUCCCUAGGUCAAUUUCGAAUAUACGGAGCUUUCAUGGAAUGGUGUCCUUCUAUCGACGAUUUAUCAAAAAUUUCAGCACUUUGGUUGCCCCUAUAAUUGAGUGUUUGAAAGAAGUCAUGUUCAAGUGGAAUGAAGAAGCUCAAAAGAGGAUUGAAUUGGUAAAAAAGGAGAUGACACAAGCUCCUAACCUUCAGUUACCUAACUUUGAUGUUUUAUUUGAAGUAGAAUGUGAUGCUUUGGGUGUUGGUGCUGGAGGAGUUAUUAGCCAGGAAGGUGUCCCGUGGCGCGAGAAGCUGAGUGGAUCUAAAUUGAAGUACUCCGCCUAUGAAAAAGAUUUCUAUGCUACUCUUCGCGUGUUGCAACUUUGGAGUAAUUAUUUAUUACCAAGAGAGGCAGAAAAGUAUCUUAGUCACCAACAAAAGCUCAACGCAAGGCAUGGAAAUGGGGAGAGUUUCUUCAGAAUUUUCAGUUCGUAA